ACACGUUAUGGGCUCCAACUCACUUCCGUGUCCUCUGCCCUACACUCUCCCGUAAUCACCAGAAACAAUAUUCCCCCUCCCUCCUUUCCCUUCCUAAUUAUUUCCAAUUUUCACAAACUCCACCUAAACUCCUCACUCAGAGUUGGCAGAAAGAAACCAUCUCUUCUGCUCAAACCCCCAACCUCAGCUUCCUUAAUUACUCCUCUUAGAUUUGUUCACCAAAACAACAAUCUGUAGUUGGUCACCAUCUCUCUCUCUCUCUCUCUCUCUCUCUCUCUCUCUCUCUCUCUCUCUAAACCUUUUUCUACCCCAUGAACCUGUAAACCCAGCAUCUCGUCUUCACCCAGCUCAAGAAGCAAUCAUGACCUGGUGGAGGGUUGCCUUCAAUUUUCUUCUUCUUCUUCUUCCUACAACAUUUGCUCUCAACUCAGAUGGGGUCCUUCUGCUUUCCUUCAAAUACUCAAUCCUCAGCGAUCCGCUCUCAGUCCUCGACUCCUGGAACUACGAAGACGAAACCCCAUGUUCCUGGACUGGCGUCACGUGCACCCAGCUGGGAAGCCCAGGUACCCCAGACAUGUUCAGAGUCACCAGCUUAGUCCUCCCCAACAGCCAGCUGCUGGGUUCAAUCUCACCCGAGCUGGGUUCACUCCAACACCUUCAAAGACUCGAUCUUUCCAACAAUUUCUUCAAUGGGUCUCUGCCUGUCGCCCUCUUCAAUGCCUCGGAGCUUCAGGUCCUCUCUCUCAGCAAUGUGAUCUCCGGCGACCUGCCGGAUCAGUUGGUCUCCGGCCUCAAAGGCCUCCAGUUUCUCAACGUCUCCGACAAUGCAUUGGCCGGAAGAAUCCCAGAAAUUCUCACUUCUUUACAAAACCUCACUGUAAUUUCUCUAAGGAGUAACUACUUUUCUGGGAAUCUACCCACUGGUUUUAAGUCCAUUGAGGUUUUGGAUCUCUCCUCCAACCUCCUCAACGGGACUCUGCCUCUCGACUUCGGCGGUGAAAACCUGCGCUACUUGAACCUCUCCUACAACAAAAUCUCUGGGAAAUUUCCAGUUGGUUUCGCGAAAAGGGUUUCGGAGAACUCGACUAUUGAUCUCUCCUUCAACAAUUUGACCGGACCGAUACCGGACUCGCGGGCUCUGCUCAAUCAGAAAACAGAGCAGUUUGCUGGAAACAGUGAGCUUUGUGGGAAGCCAUUGAAGACCCUCUGUCCCAUUCCUUCUACUCUGUCCACACCGCCGAAUAUGACAACUAGUACCAGUUCUUCUCCGGCGAUUGCUGCCAUUCCCAGAACGUUUGAUACCCGCCCGGAAACGAACACUUCUGGGGGAGCAAAUGGGAAUCGGAAUCAGUCGCAGAGCGGAUUGAAACCUGGCACGAUCGCCGGCAUUGCCGUCGGAGACUUGGCCGGAAUAGCUGUACUAGGAUUGGUGAUUCUCUAUGUCUACCAAGUUAGGAAGAGAAAAAGUCUCAAGUCAAAGGGUGGUAGUGCCAAAGACCUGGAAAAUAAGCCAGAAAUUGUCACAAAACUAGACCCAGAUGAAAAAGCAAAAUCCGCAGCAUGGUCAUGCCUAACAAUCAAAGGGGAAGAAACAUCAGAGGCAACAAGCUCAGACAGUGACCAUGAUGAUAAAAAUGAACAAAUGGGUUGUCUGCAGAAUCAGAACGGGGAGUCUCAGAAAAGUGGCAUCUUAGUGACCAUAGAAGGCGGGGACCAACUGGAGCUGGAACUCGAGACACUGCUGAAAGCAUCAGCUUAUAUAUUGGGAGCCAGCGGCCCAAGCAUUGUGUACAAGGCAGUGCUGGAGAACAAGACUGAGCUUGCAGUGAGGAGGAUAGGAGAGUGUAGGGUUUUGAAGAUGAGGGAUUUCGAGAGCCAAGUGCGUGCCAUUGCAAAGGUGAGACAUCCGAAUCUGGUUAGGGUUCGUGGGUUUUACUGGGGGGACGAUGAGAAGCUUGUUAUCUAUGACUAUGUCUCCAAUGGCAGCCUUGCCACCACCACCAACAGAAGAGCUGGGUUGUCGCCGUGUCAUCUACCUCUCCAAACUCGGAUGAAGAUCGCAAGAGGGGUUGCGAAGGGGCUGGCUUACAUCCAUGAGAAGAAACAUGUUCACGGAAACAUCAAACCUAGCAACAUCCUUUUAAAUCCUGAUAUGGAGCCCAUAAUUAGUGAUUUCGGCCUUGAUAAGCUGAUGUUAGGCAACAUGAUUAGUCAUAAAGCUAGCGGGUCAGCUCGGGGGUACUUCGGAAGCCUAAAAUCCACGGCGACUUGUGAAGGUACGCAUGACGCGCUCCCAAUAGGCAGCAGCCCCGUGGCAAUGCCAUCCGCGGGGAAUGCAUCUUUGCCUUAUCAAGCGCCGGAGUCCCUAAAGAACUUGAAGCCAAACCCCAAGUGGGAUGUGUAUUCAUUUGGUAUAGUUUUGCUUGAGCUUCUCAUGGGAAGGAUACCUUCAGAACGAGAGUUGAUUACCCAAUGGACACCCGGUUCGCUGACGGAAGAGAAAAUUCAGAUUCUAGUAAUGGUUGACGUGGCGAUUAGGGCUGAGGUGGAGGGGAGAGAAGAUGCCUUGCUGGCUUGUUUGAAAUUAGGGUUUAGUUGUGCUAGUUUUAGUCCACAAAAAAGACCAACCAUGAAAGAAGCCUUCCAAACCCUAGACAAAAGUACUCGUCCUUGUUCCACAUCUUCAAACUAAUGAUGCAUUGGGUCCCACAAAAGUGGCCUUGUGUUAUGUUAAAGCAUGCGUUUUGCUUUUGUUUUGCUUCCGUUGAGUUGAACGUUGCAUGAAAAGCAUUAGAAAUAUUAAUAUUGUUGAUAUAGUUUAAUAAGUACUAAGUUUCCGUCAAAGUUUCUGUUACUGUUAGUGUUGUAAUCCUCAAUGCAAUCUAUAAACGUAAUAUGAAAUCGUUUAACGUUUUGUUCUUUGUU